AUGUUUGUAUCAACCACUCUUCUCACAGCCGCGCUUGCGCUGGCACCAGUCGCUAUUGCCCAGGUAUCCGAGGGCUUUGAAAGCGGAUGGGACAAGACCGCAUGGCCUAUAUACGCUACAGACUGUAACCAGGGCGGUAAGGUCACUUUGGACACCUCCCAAGCUCACACUGGCAAGAACUCGAUCCGAGUGGAUGGCGCAGGUGGUUUCUGCGGUCACAUUUUUGUCGGCACGACCAAUGUUCCCAAGGGCGAACUCUACGUCCGGACAUGGCUGAAGGCUUCCAAAGCACUGACAGACUCCCACGUCUCCUUCAUCACCAUGACAGACUCAGCGCAAGCCGCAAACAAACAUCUGCGCAUUGGAGGCCAAUCCAAGAUCCUCAUGUACAACCGCGAAACCGACGACGCCACUCUGCCUGACCUUUCACCCCAAGGCAUCGCAACCUCCGCCGCGCUAAAGACAAACGUUUGGACUUGCUUCGAGUACCAUCUCGGCACCGACGGGACGGUUGAGACGUGGUUGAACAAUGCAACUAUUCCAGGCUUGACCGUCAAGAGUGGUGUGAGCAAUCCGAAUGCUGCACAAUGGCAGAGAGGUGGCUCGAAGCCAAAGAUUACGGGGGUGUACUUUGGGUGGGAGAGUUAUGGCGGUGAUACCAAUACUUUCUGGUAUGAUGAUAUUGUUAUCAGCGGAAGUCGUGUUGGCUGUUAA